AUGUCGGCCGAAACGACGGCUCAGCCAGCCGCUUAUCCAGUCGAUCCUCGUCCAACAAACAACACAACCAUCACUACUCGUACGCCGUCCGAGACGACGGCCGCCACCAAUAAACGCUCUCAAUCACAAGGCAGAACACCAUGGAGCACAGGGCGACGAUACUCAGAAAUCGACGACCAUAUAUGGAAGUAUGCACUCAACGACGACACAUCCGAGGGCACCGUGGUCGGGUUCGGGAACGUUCGAAUCCCAUCUGAAGACAAUAUUGCUAAGCUACCUGAUCGAAAGCUAAGCAUACGUUCUAUUACAUGGAACAUUAACGAGAAGCCCGUAAAACUCCUAGACCUUUUGGCCGAUCACCUGGAGCACAUUUCCGAGAAUCUUCUCGAAGAUGUCAUCAUUGUCGCACUUCAGGAACUACCACCAUCAACUACAACAUUUCAUGAAGAUGCCUUGGCAAUCCUCGUGAAACCUUUACGGAACACCCAUGACACCUAUUUCUCCUAUCGGGCUUGGAGUCAAAUGAUAUUUGUCUUCAUUCGAAAAGCGCACACGCGCUUUGCCACAGAUCCUGUCGCCAAAUUCGUGCCAGCCACUGCACUGGCAAAGCCUGUCCGGACAAAGGGGGCUAUUGGAGUCUGCCUACGGCUUUACCAACGAUGGGUUGUGAUUAUUGCCUGUCACCUUACACGUAAGUAUCACUUUCUUCGAAAUUUUACAAUAAAUCUUUUUUGA